UUGGUGUGUUUUUUUGCUGCUCUGAAGUUGUAGUGGAAGUUUAGCUCUCAUGUCUGUCUGAUGAACUCAGUUCAUUUAGAAAGUUUGCGAGUGAGAUGAGCGGACAGACAGUCCCUGCGGACUUCUCAGGACACAUGUUGGACCUGGACGAGGACGAAGACCUGGAGGUUUUCAGCAAGAACACAUCCCUGGCAGAUGGAAGCCCCAUGCCCAACUCUCCCAGCUCCAUGGUCAACCAGUACAGACUGGAGGAGGAUGAGGAGGAGGAGCAGCAGCAGGAUGCCGACACCAAAGACAUCUUCAUCACCGUCGACAACCCAGAGAGCCACGUCACUGCCAUCGAGACCUUCAUAAUGUACAGGGUCCUCACUAAGACCACGCGGAGUGAGUUCGACUCCAGCGAGUACGAGGUACGCCGGCGCUACCAGGAUUUCCUGUGGCUCCGAAGCAGACUAGAGGAAAACCACCCGACGCUCAUUGUCCAUCCGCUGCCGGAGAAGUUUGUGAUGAAAGGCAUGGUGGAACGCUUCAAUGAUGACUUCAUUGAGACCAGGAGGAAAGCUCUGCACCGCUUCCUCAACAAGAUCUCAGAGCAUCCCAUCCUGUCCUACAGCCAGCACUUCAAAGUCUUCCUCACUGCACAGGAGCUGACCUCUCACAAGAAACAAGGUCCGGGCUUCCUGAGCAGGAUGGGAGAGACGGUGAGGGCGGUGGCCAACUCUGUACGAGGCCUGAGAAACCGACCGGAGGAGUUCACUCUGAUGCAGGAGUACGUGGAGGACUUCAGCAACAAGAUCUGCUCUGUGGACAAAGUCACCCAGAGGAUCAUCAAGGAGCAGAGAGAGUAUCUGGAUGAGCUGAAACAGUAUGGUCCCACGUACACCCAGUGGGCGGGGUCAGAGGAAGAUCUGGCGGAACCGCUGAAGGGCGUGGCUCGCUGCGUGGAGGGGUGCAGUAAGGAAACAGAAGAGCAGAUCCAGCAUCUGUCCGAGGUCCUGGUCCCCGCCCUGCACGAGUACGUCCUCUGUGCUGAGACACUGAAGGCUGUGAUGAGACGUAGAGACAACAUCCAGGCCGAGUUUGAAGCCAAGAACGAGGCCCUGGCAUCCAGAAAACCAGAAAACCAAGAAGCACUGCAGGAGGAGGUGGAUGGUCUGGCAGACCGGGUGGAGCUGGCUAACAACGCCUUGAAGGGAGACUGGUCCCGUUGGCAAAAGGGCAUGAGAACUGACCUCAAAUCAGCCUUUAUUUCCACUGCUGAGAAGAACGUGGAUUACUACGAGAAGUGCCUGGCCGUGUGGGAGUCGUUCCUUUUGUCUCAGAGAGUGGAGCCCAGUGAGCAGAGAGAUGGGGAGGAUGUCUCCUAAAGUUUGGUGAAAAUCAAAAUAUGGAGAUCACCUCCUCUUUCAAAACAACAUAAAGCACACAUGUUGUCUGUCCACCAGAGGCUCCAGAUAUAGACUUUGAACCAAUGUCCACUUAUGCAAACAUGCAUCAUGUACGAAACAAGCACACUCUCUCUGUCUCUGUCUCUGUCUCUGUCUCUCUUUCUUUCUGGCCAAAGAGGUUAAUCCCAGUUUCAUCAUUCCAGUGAUGAUUGGACAUCACUAAAACCUACACUGUGAUCCAAAUAUCCACAUAUUAGUGUUUACACACCUUCGUGUGCAUGGCCAAAAAUUAAAAGAGGACUCUAGGCUCUUCUGGCUCCACUUUGCUGUAUUGUGGUGCAUUAUUUUUCAUAGGUACAAACUACACACCAUGCAGACAACAACAUAGUGCCACUUUGAAAAAUUUCCCUCUGUUGUGGAUGGAAAACAGCUGUGUCCCAUUUCAGGGGAUGCCUCCUUAAAAGGAUGUGCAAUGCUAAGGUGUGUCGUCAUUGUAAAUUCUCACCCCUCAUCUCAGAGAAACCAAAACUAAUGAUGCAUUCAGGUGGACCUCUUCAACUUCUUUAGUUGGAAUUUCCAACUUUACCAUCAGGAGGUUGCAUUCAACUGUCAAAAUCGCAUCACUGAGGAGUUUAAAAGUUACAAACUAAUGCGACGUGUAUGGAUUUGAAUUGGUGAAUCAGUGGUGACAUGACGUACAAUCAUGUUACCAUGGCUGCUUUUUAGCACCAGAGGGAGCUAGCGUGCAUGAACAGAACAUCAAUUCUACUGUGUAAAUUAGGUUAGGUGGGUUGGAUUCAAAUAAAUAUGCACAAAUGACGUUCGCUCUCAUUUGAUCAAGCUAGGUUUUUUUUUUUUUUUUUUUUGGAAAAUUGACAGCCCCAGUGUACGCAUUCUAAAAUGCAGACUUCUAAAGAUAACACCCCUUAACUGGGACACAGUUAUUGAAUCCAGCGUACUGCAUCUGUAAUACCAGUUUCAUGGAACCAUAAUCUUUUCUAACCAUCUUAUAGCAUUUUACACAUGACCACUAUUUUGUCCCCAAAUCUUAACCAAACUACUCUCACAGAGCUCAGUGUGAUGGUUUCAGGAGACUUAUCUGUGUAUUGAGUGUAAAAAUCCAUUCUUGAUCUUGGGAACCAUAGUUUGUAAAACAGCCUUCAGUCAAGGUCUACCUUUCUAGCUUUCUCCACAUUGAAAUGUGGUUAAAAGUUCUUGAAAUAGCAAAUACAUAGACCGUGAGUGAAGAUGUUUUUUUGGCCAAGUUUGUCUCUAAAGUGUUUUCCUGACAGUAGCCCCUGAUAGACCAGAAUUCUGUGCAGCUUUAAGACUUGGUUUGAGUAAGAGGCAUGGGCAUAGUUAUACACAUUUCAUGUCAAGGUCAAACUACAUGAUAUCUAUCUGAUAAUGGUCCAACUCAACAGACUCGGGGUGUUGAGAAUGACAAUAAGAAAACCAACAAUCAAACAAAGUAGCAUGUUGGAAUUUUCUUGCCUUCUCUCACAAUGUGUUCCCUGACACUGACCAGCAAAGCACAGCUAGCUCUGUUAACUGCAAACAUGGAGUUGAACGGUGUGACAUCUGUGUGUGCAUCCACCCAUACACUAGAUAAAAACAGUUGUGACCCUCUCCUACAUCCAAGUCUAACAUGUAUUUCAUCUAAGUCCCAGCAAGAAUUUAAGCUCCCCUACUCUUACACAGUGACCAUCUGAAAUAUUGUGUAGUCUGAUCCUGGCACAAGUAAAUGAUCAAACCUUUGAUUAAUAUGCCCGUAUGUGACUGAAAGUUGAGGAGUUGAGGUCUUUCAUCAAAGUACUUUCUCAUUUCUCAUGUCCUCUGGAGAGGAAUUUGCAAGUGUAGAUUUAUGCACAGAGCGUAUACCAAAAAAUCGAAGUUGAAAUAUCACAAAACAAAACAGCUCAAGAAAUGCAUUGAACAUCACAUAUACUGCAGGUGACGUCUACAUCCAGUUAAAGUCUGUUUUCCUUUUAGGCUAUCGUGUGAGAUCAGAAGGGUAUGAAUAACACACACAGUACUGCUGAUCUGCUGUGGUUUUAGCAGAGAAGCCGUAAAUGCCUAAUUAAAUUCUUACAUGAAUGUUUGGUUGUUUGUGCCAAUAGAGAUUUCAUGUUUACAUGUCUGAUGAAGACUAGCUAUCUGUUGUGUCUUUGUAACAGAAUGCUUAAAUAAUCUUUUUUUACUGAUAAUCUUUUUCUAAUCUUUUUUCUCUCUCUCUCUAUUUUGCUUUUAUCGUUACUGAAUAUGUUAAAAAAAAAAGAGUGAAUAAAAUUGAUUUUGAGAUGUUGAAACAAUAAAAAAGACAGAUCUCA